AUGAUCCCGAAGAAUGAUCAUGACAUAGAGGUAGAGAAGUGUGAAGACGAUGUGAAUCGUUAUGAACUACCAGAACAAGAGGAGCGUGCUUAUAUUUUGCGGCUUCCAAAGGCGGUUACGCUCGAGCCGCCAAUAAAGAAUACUCCGGAACAGAUUGCUGUAAAGCGAAGUUUUUGGCGGGAUUAUAUGAAGAAGUACAAGAAUGUUAAAAUUGUAGCCCCAAUGGUUGACCAAAGUGAACUUGCUUUUCGAAUGUUCAUGCGUAGGUAUGGCGCUCAUAUCACCGUAACACCAAUGAUUCAUGCACAUUUGUUCGUGAACGAUCCUACAUAUCGUCGAAAUUCACUGGCGUUAUGUGAAGCUGACCGUCCUAUCAUUGUGCAGUUUUGUGCAAACAACCCUGAUACAUUUCUUGCUGCCUGUCGCCUUGUUGAAGAUGUUUGCGAUGGAGUUGAUCUGAACCUUGGAUGCCCACAAAUGGUGGCUAAGAAAGGGCGAUAUGGUGCAUACCUGCAGGACGAAAUUGACUUGGUGUGUUCUAUGGUAUCAGCUGUCAGAGAUUAUUGCACUCUUCCGGUCUCUUGUAAAAUCCGCAUUCGCGAUUGUCCAAAACAGACUGUGGAAUAUGCCCAUCGACUUGUGGAAGCUGGCGCGACAAUGCUGACAGUUCAUGGUCGCACUCGGGAGAUGAAGGGAGCAGACACUGGUUUGGCGGAUUGGACGCGUAUUAGACAGGUGGUUGAGACAGUAGAUAUUCCUGUCGUAGCGAACGGGAACAUUCAGAUGCCCGGAGACGUGGAAAGAUGCUUAAUUGCAACCGGCGCAGCAGCUGUUAUGUCCGCCGAAGGCAUUUUAUACAAUCCGAUGCUAUUUGUAAAUAGAAAUGACGAAAGUUGGAUUGUUGCUAAAGAAUAUCUAAAAUAUGCUCGGAAAUAUCAAGCUGGCACUAGUGCGAUCCGUGCGCAUAUUUUUAGGAUCUGUCAUCACAGUUUGCUGGAACACUCUGACUUGCGAAUGCGCGUAUCCACUGAACAUGAGUUGGAUGACUAUGAAUCUAUUGUUGAAGAACUGCGAAUACGAACACGUGCGGUAGCAGACACAGAGGAAGCACGACAGCAGAUGAUAUCAGCAAGAACCCUUUUUGAACAAAUUCGUCGCGGAGAAGUAGAGUUGGACCCAAUUCAAGUGUCUCGAUCUCCGUACUGGAUCUGCAAGCCAUAUUUUCGUCUGUCCGAGAUGGCUCGUGAAACAAUUCUAGCAGAAGGCGAGAAAACAUACAAGGAAAAGCGAAAAGAACAUCUCCAGAAAAUUGCUGAUGAGAUGGGACUUUCCUUGAAGCAAGCAAGGAAAAGGGAAAGAAGAAAACUGAAUGGGCAACGAACAAUCACAUUUAAGAAGACAAAAUUUCCUCCAUGCGCACGAUGUACCCAGCCAGCUGGACAAGGUUGUUCGCAUUCGUUCUGCAAGAAAUGUUGUCGCUGGACUUGCAAACAAAAAUGCUGGGAUUGUAAAGCUCAUCGAUUUCAAUUUUCCAUUCAAACUUCUGGAUGUGCCCAUAAGGAUGAUUGUUCUACUCACGAAGAUGGGGAGAACAAAAUUUUGAUUUCCUCAAGGUCAAACUGUUCGAUAGAUGUGUCGUAG